AUGGAGGAGGUUCUUCAUCUCUAUGCCAAUAAUUUGUACGGUGAAAUUCCAGGAGAGAUUGGUAGUUUGUUUCGACUAAGAUCUCUCGUCCUGUCUGCGAAUGCACUGACGGGAGAAGUGGCUAAGCUUAAUCUCAACACCUGCGUACACCUUAGGGAACUCUAUUUCUCUCAAAAUGGCCUCCAGGGGAACCUUCCUACAGCAAUCCAAUUCCUAGCUAAUUUGAAGAAGCUACAACAACUAUCUCUCGAUACUAACAGAUUGACAGGUGGAAUUCCUCCCACUAUUGGGAAUUUGUCAUCACUUCGAAGAUUGGACUUGAGGAGGAAUCAUUUGAAGGGAUUAUCCAUAAACUCACUUGAAGGGACCAUUCCAAGCUACAUAGGAGACACCAUGCCAAACUUAGAAGGCUUUUAUUUUUCUAGCAAUGAAUUCCAUGGAACCAUCCCAAUUUCAUUUCCCAACGCCUCUAAGCUUCAAAUUCUUUCGCUACUAGAAAACCAUCUUGUAGGUAAAGUUCCAGAUAAUAUUGGAAGAUUUGAAGGUAAAUUACCAAACACCAUAGCUAACCUCUCAUCCAAACUCGAGUUCCUACUUUUAGGAGAUAAUAAGAUAUUUGGUACCAUAUCCGGAGGAAUAAAAAAUCUAGUUAGCUUGAUCGCUUUCGGAGCAGAAUUCAAUCUAUUAUCAGGUAUUAUUCCUAGUGAGAUAGGUGAAUUGCAUAAACUACAAGUUUUGAGUCUGGGUGAAAAUCAAUUAUCUGGAAAAAUACCGCUCACUCUUUUAAACCUUACUUCUCUAGCUGAAAUUGGUUUGGCAAACAACAAUUUUGAUGGCAAUAUACCCUCAAAUGUGGAAAACUUCAGGAAUUUGAAUGAAUGGUACAUGAACAAUAACAAACUAGACGGCACCAUUCCUCAACAAGUUUUUACUUUGCCAUCACUGUCUAAGUACCUUGACCUUUCCCAUAAUUCAUUCACUGGUCCAUUAUCUCCCGCCGUGGGCAAAUUGAAAACACUAAAUGCCUUAAACAUCUCCGGGAACAAGUUGUCGGGCAAAAUUCCAGAUGCAAUUGGAGAUUGUUUGAGCCUUGGAUAUCUUGAUAUGCAUGAUAAUCUCUUUGAAGGUAAAGUCCCACCUUCUUUGGUUUCCUUAAAAAGCAUUACGUAUUUGGAUAUCUCAAACAACAAGUUAACUGGAGAGAUACCAAGAUACCUCCAAAAGCUCCCUCUCUUGCAAUAUUUGAACCUUUCUUUCAAUGAUCUAGAGGGGGAGGUACCAACAGUUGGAGUGUUUGCAGCGGCAACCAAUGUAUCAUUGCUAGGAAACAAAAAGCUAUGUGGUGGUAUUCCUGAGCUAAAUCUACCUCUAUGUCAUGUGAAGAAAACAAAACACGAAAAGGAUUUAAAGCAUAUGAUUGUUAUCUUCACAUGUAUCUGCUCGGCUUUGGUGUUUGCAUCAUUCAUUACUUUUCUAACAUUGUGUUGGAAGAAACAAAAGAGGGUGGAGUCAGCUAAGCCAUCCAAAGUUGAAAAGCUUUCCAAAAUCCCCUAUAGAGACCUGCAUCAAGCUACUGAUGGUUUCUCUGACACAAAUUUGAUCGGUUCGGGAAGUUUUGGCUCUAUUUACAAAGGAAGAUUUGAGCAAGGUGGAGGAGAACAUACAAUUGCGGUGAAGGUACUUGACCUUUUAAAAAAUGGAGCUACAAAGAGCUUUCUUGCAGAAUGUAAAGUGUUGAGGAACAUACGCCACCGAAAUCUUGUUCCAAUUUUGACUUGCUGCUCGAGUUGUGAUUUUGCAGGUAAUGAAUUCAAAGCUUUGGUUUAUGAGUUCAUAGAAAAUGGGGAUUUGGAUAUGUUGUUACAUACACAUUCAUCUAAUGCAAGGACAACCGUUCUAAGUGUUCUUCAAAGGUUAAACAUUGCAAUUGAUGUAGCUUGUGCAUUGCAUUAUCUCCAUGAUGAUUGUGAACCCACAGUUAUUCAUUGUGAUCUAAAGCCAAGUAACAUUCUGCUUGAUAAAGACUUAACUGCUCAUGUUGGAGACUUUGGCAUAUCAAGACUUUAUUCGCGUACAAUUGGAGAUCCAUUUGGUAAACAAAGUAGUACCAUUGGAUUAAAGGGGUCAAUUGGUUAUGUUCCACCAGAGUACGGGAUAGGAGCAAAGGCAUCAACUUUUGGAGAUGUGUAUAGCUUUGGAAUCCUUUUGUUGGAAAUGUUCACAGCUAAAAGACCCACAGAUGCUCUAUUCAUGAAUGGUGAAUGUGCGAGUCUCUAUGAGUAUGUUGAGGCAGCAUUAUCUGAGAAAGUGAUGAAAAUUGUUGACCCAUUACUUCUAGCAUGCCAAGAAAGCAAACUUGGAAUAAGACAAAAUGAAAAGUUGGAGAAUGAUGACAAUUUGGUGGAAAUUGAAGAGAGCAAGGUGCAUAACUUCUUCCUCUCCAUUUUUAAAAUUGGACUCACUUGUGCUUCAACAUCAUCAAGGGAUCGCAUGCAUAUGAAUGAAGUGAGCAGAGAAUUACAGAAGAUUAAGAAGGUCUUCUUUGCAUAAAAUUAAGAAAACAUGUGUUGUGCAUUCA